CAAAGGAUAUAACAGUAUGAAAUAUAAAGUGUGGAAAACAGUAAAUUAACCGUGCAAUAAUAUUUAAAAUGACAGGUCCUGAAGUAUUUCAUAAUAAACAUAAACACGACGUAUAUUUGGAGCGACAAAUUCAAGAGUCAUUAUUAAUAGCAGACGAUGAGUUUUCACGAAAAGACUUCCUUGACGUUAUAAAGAAAACAAAACAAAAUCCAACCAAAAAGAAAGGAAGAAAAAAAGCCGAAGACGAUGAAUUUUGUGAAUUAUCAGGCUGGGUGCCCGAUAAAAAUGUGUCGUAUCGAAAAAGAGAAAAAUGUGCUGAAGAUAGUGGUAACAGUUCUAGUAGAGAGUUUAUUUCUUGGAGAGACAGUCGAAGUUGUUCAUUAGCUAGGCAUCACUAUAUAUUUAGGCAUUAUAAAGACACAAAACGAUACAUCGAACAAUACCGAAAAGAUUGCACAUGUUCUAAAAAUACCGGAAUUCCAUCUUCUAAAGAAUACUUUGAUUUAAAACGUUACAAAGAAUACGAAAAAUAUUCAAUGGUGCCGAAUACUAAAACAAUAUCACAGAAGUCAGAACGUAAGGAAACAAACAGCAAACCACAUACCGGUACCUUUUCUUAUACAAACAGAAGUGUUUCCAACCCAUUCAAUGUGUAUACUGACUUUUUCUCAGGAAAAAAUGUAGGAAGGGUAAUUGAGAGCGAUGUGGAACAAAUUUUACAAUCGGAUACGGAUUGCAGUGCGCAAAAUGAUUUAUUUGCCAGGAAAUAUACCCGACGAGAAAGUGCAACGUAUAAAUACGGCAAAAAUAGCGCAACCGAUAUAACAACUACACCACUACCCGGUAAUAAUCAUCAGAGAAUAGCCAGUGGCACAAAGUUAUCAACACCUUCAAAAAUUCGAACCCUAGAUGGUUUAAACGCUUCACCAGAUUAUCAGAUUGAUGGUGAAAAACCUCCACAUCAUACUGAGGUGUCACUAAAACCCCACCCAGACGCAAGGAUUGACAACAUUUGUCAACAAGAUCAAUCAAAUUCUUCCAGCAUUAUUUCAAAGCAAUGUGCAAACGCCCAGACAUGUUGUAGAAGCCUGUUGUCGGAUCCGUCGCAUACCUUCCAAACUGAUAACGAGUCUUCUGAUACCAUGCCAGGUAACAACGGUUCUUCAGAUCCAUCAAUAGGUGCAUCUUCGACUGUUUCCACAGACAUCGUUUCCCCACGCCCAAUGUCUGUGUUCUCUAGAAGGGGUCAUUUGUCUCUUGGAAAACUUCAAGAUAUAAAUUCUCGCAACACAACCUCCUCUUUAAGCUCACAAAGUAUAGAUUCUAUGACUUGGCGGGAAAAGUUACAGGCUUUAAGAAAAGCAGAUAAACCACAUUUUAAAAGAAAAGGAAAACCUCGUCGGUUAAGUUUUUAUAAAGAGGAUAAUAUUGUAGGGAAGGUAGAAGUUGGGUGUUGUGACCCGUGUCUUACCCACAGGAAGAAAAUCCAAGAGCUUAUCGAGAACUCUAAAAUUAAAUUAAAAACAAUUUGUACAGAAAUGGACCAAGCAUUGGUGGUUAGGAAAAACAAUCGCUUAAAAUCCAAUGUGCUGGGAGACGCUCAAUUAGACAUUGAUACCAUCAUCAACUCUGUCAGAGAUUGUCAAAUUCAAAAUGUCGAUGAUAAGACCCGUGUAGUUUGCAAAACAAAGACUUAACUGUGGUUUUGUGAUAUUAAAU